AUGGCUUACAUAUUCUUCUUGGAAGAGGUAUUGCCAUUGUUGCUCCUUGGCAUCUUCCUCAAAGGUUCACUUUUCUACUUCUGGACCCCGGACCUUCCAGUGCACACCGACGUAGCUCUCUCACGAGUGAGUUCUACGGCGCAGUGUGACAUCGACGAAGAGCUGGACACAUACCCGUCCUCUAGGCCACCGGCGAUAGUUAGUGUGAGAUAUGAUAGGCUGAGGAGAGUGGCUGGAGCACUUCAGACUCGUUUUGGUGACGUUUCGGGUUCGGUGGAGAAAUUGUUUUUGCUCAUCAGCUGGCGCGACCAAUGCGCAACUGCAAUGUGUCUUCUCUUCUGUUUGAUCGCGGGUUUUGGCAUCUCUCUCCUUACGCAUGCGUCUGACUAG